AGCCGAUCUCUUCUCUUCUACCGGCGCCGCUAAUAACAACGUAAUUAUAAUAAUCCCAGCUGACAGAUCUCAGGGGUGGCGAGUUGGCGAUGCUCGACUGCCGCCAGAGGACACUACUGAUGCUCUGUAAAAGCAACGAAGAUAGACCUUAUUAUCUUCGUUGCGUUGAUGGUAAAAGUAUCAGCUGAUUCGCGUCGAAACGAAGUAGAGGUUAGGUACCAAGUCAACAGACGAAGGUCAUGUUUGCUCCGAGCUCCAAAUCCAUCUUCCAUAUAUAUCCAUCUUCCUCCUAACGUAGUGUUUUGAGGCACCUUGGACUCUCAGACGGUUUUACUCCGAUUUCCGAAAGUUUAUGAUAUAUAUAUAUAUAUAUAUAUAUAUAUAUAUAUAUUUUUUUUUGUUGUAUAUAUUGUAAAUAAACUCUUCAAAAUGGGUGGAGGAGAUUUGAAUUUGAAAAAAUCGUGGCAUCCAUCCACUAUGAAAAAUAUGGAAAAAGUUUGGAAAGCCGAGCAAGAGGACAAGCAAGAAAAGAAACGAAUAGCGGAGUUGAAGCGGGAAAUAGCAAUGGAAAGAGACAGAGAAGAAAUGAAAGCUUUCGCGAUGGAACAGGGGGCCAUAGAAAAGAAAGAAGAUAAAAAAUUAGAUUGGAUGUACAAAGGGCCGCAUGAAAAUGUAAACAGAGAAGAUUACUUGCUGGGUCGUCCAAUUGACAAACAAUUUGAGCAGAUGGCUCAAGCUGAAAAAAACACUGAGCAGUCACAGUCAGCAAAAAAUCACGUUGAGCAUGAGUGCAUACCGCCAUCCUUGAGGUUCUUUUCUGGCAACGAGCAAGUUGAUUUAGCAAGAAAACUCCAAGAAGAUCCUCUGUAUGCCAUUAAAAAAAAGGAAAUGGAAACUCGUGCUCAACUACUCAAAAAUCCAGUAAAGCUAAAGCAGCUGCGUCAAUUGCUUGAACAGCAAACAAAAGAUGACAAGGGUCAAGAGAAAAAGAAGAAGAAGAAGAGGAAGAAGUCUGCUAGUGAAGAUGAAAGUGAUCUGGAUGGAAAGUUGGAUGACAUAUUAGCAGCUAAGUAUAAGAAAUUAAAAGGCCGUAUUAAUGAAGAAGACUUAAUAAAGUCUGUGAAGAAACGCAAAGAGAAAAAAAGCAAGAAAGCAAAGAAAAGGAAAAGAAAAUAUAGCAGCAAAAGUGAUUCGAGUCAAGACAGUGACAGUGACAGCAGUGAAUCUGAAAGUAGUUCAGAUGAAGCCACAAAACGCAAGUCAAAAAAGAAAAAGCAGAGAGACUAUGAAUAUAAUAGUGAUGUCAAACACAAAAAGAAAAGUCAUGAUGAUAAAAAUAGUGACAUAGAAUAUAAAUUAAAACAUUUUGGCUUGAUGAAAGCAGAUGGUACAAAAAUACACACAACCAACAAAUCAUACAGAUCAUCAGAGAAAAAUAAAAGUGAGAAACAAACCGUAAAAACAGAACAAAAAUGGUUGCCUCCUAAAAAGCAAAAACUCACAGAGGAGGAAAAGGAGCGACGAAGACAAGAAAUGAUGUCUAAUGCAUCUUGGCGAGACAAAGAGCGAGAAAAAAAUGUUAAAAAAUAUGAAGAGCAAGAAAAAAAGGAAUCUAUUAAGGAGAAAUCCUUUGACAAAGAUUUUGCUCAAAAACACUUAGCUAUGGCAGCCGAUAAGGAAACUGUGGCAUCAAGAAUCAAAUCAAACAUAAAUAAUAUUCAAAGGUUAAAACAUUCCAUGGACAAAAAUUUUGCAAGAAGAUAGCAAUGAACAAUCUCAAAACGAUUUAUUUAUAUUAAAAUACAUUUUUACAACAACUUUAAAUCUUUCACGUGAUCUUGCACAUUUCAUUUGUUUCUAAGGCAUCAUGGGUAUCGGAAAUAUUAGUGACGCAAUCCCCUGUCAGUACAUUAUUGACAAUGGCCCUAGCGAGAAAACUCGUUGUUACAGAAUAGCUGGCAGAGAAAAAUGGUGUCAUAUCAUUUGUUUUUUCUAAAUUGUGAUCCUGAAAAUAUAAUAUUUGCUUUUACGAUCAAAGUUAUUACUUAAAAAAAAAAAAAAGAAAAAAAGUUUGAUUUACCUUACAAAACAUAACAAAAGCAUCGUCGACUAAUUUAUUUAAAUCUAAUUGUCUUUGGAAAGUCAGCUCAGGAUUUCUCAACAGAAUUGUUGAUACGAUGUUCAAAAGCUAAAAGUAAUGAAUUACCAUAAGUUACAUGACAA